AUGACUCGUAAGUUGCUUUUUCAUAUUGCUCUUGUGUUUUUGUUUCAAUUUUAGUUGAUUUGGGUUUGAAUGGUGGUGAAGAUAAUGAAGAAUGUGUGGAAGAGGUUUUGGGGUUAAUCGAUUGGUUAGGAUGAAGAUAUAGGCCAAAGAGUGGAUGUUAUAAUAUAAGGUAGCCAAGAUGAUAGUUUAAAAUUUUUUUUUGUAGUUUCAGAAGGCUUUUUUGAAGUUUAAUUAAUAGUUUUGGAUAUAUUGCUUUAAAAUCUGACAUCAGACGUCACUUUAGCCACUUUUUGGUUUUAAAUCAUUUUAAAAUUUAAUUUUUUAUACGCACUGUACAGUGAUCUUUUUUAAUCAAAUUUAGCGAUUUUUUGAGAUUUUUCUGAAAUUCUCGAUAAAGAAUAUAUUUUUAAAAGCUGUGUUUUAUAAAUUUGAACUACUUUUUUGUUGAUAUUUUUCUACUUUUUCUUUGUAACCGCUGAGAGAGUGGACAAUCGAUUGAAAAACCGGUUUUGAGCGCACUUUUCGUUCAAUUUUUGAGUUGAUUUAGGGUGCAAAAUGAGAAAAAAGAAGACGAACGGGAAGGAUUAGCUCGUAAUUUAAACAACGGUUUUUUAAGUAUAUUUAAAACUGUAUUUUUGGUAUUUAAAAACAAAGUUUUUGAGGAAAAAAAGGCUUGAAACAAGGAUAAUAUAGGCCAAUUUUAGACUAACCUAGUUUUUUAGGGCUCGUUGGUAAAAAAAAUGUGUAAUUCCUAGCACAAUAUGAGCACCAUAAACCAAAUUUUAACUUUAUUACAUUCCAGGUGGUAACCAACGUGACCUAGCUCGCCUGAAGAACCUCAAGAAGCAACAGGAUGCCAAUAAGAGCAAAUCCGCGCAGGACCGUGCCAACGGCGUCUCCACCGACAGCCGGCUGAGCCGUGACGCCGACAUCAUGCGACAGAAGCAGCAGAAGGCGCUGGAGAAGAAGCAGGCCGAAGAGGCCCAGAAGGUUGGCCCGGCCAAGGUCAUCAAGUUUGAUCCGCUCAAGUAA